AUGCGUUUUCCCGUUAGUCUCGACAUCACUGUGUUUGACGAAAAGAGUAUAGCGUUGCUUCAUGUUGUUUGCGCCAGCGUUUUGCUCUUCAUUCUUGGACCACUUUUCCUGGUGGGAGGUAGCUGCUGGCAGCGUCAAGAAAAAACACCUGAACAAGUUAUCGUGGAUGACGGACUGACGGAAGCAAAUAAUAGCGGUUUUAACGUUAUUGAAGACCAUGAAGGCGACGUUAGUUGUGAAAGUACAUUGGUGGCUGAUAGCGAGCCAGAGAGCCUUAAAACAGCGACAGCAUGUGUUGAUAACGUUGUUGUUGUAAGCAAAAACAAGUUAACCAAUUAUAAGAGUGUUGAAUCUUGUGCUGCUGGUGACAAUAGCGCGGAUGGCUUCAGUUUUGAGCACAUUUAUGACAAAAAUGCAGCUGGUAAUCUCGAACAGGCCUUCAACGAGUACGAAAAACAGAAGCUUGAAAUUUUUCGUGUAAAUACAGACGUUUCAACAGUUGAGAAGUCUCAACAGCUUCUGGCUCUGGAGGUAAAAAGGGCGAGUAUUGAAAAAGAAUUGGGUGAAGUUAAGUUGAAGCUCAAACUCGCCAACAACACCUGUGAAGCCGUGGAAAAGGAAAACAACACGUUGCGUCAGAAUAUUAUCAAUGUCGAGAGGAAGUUAAUCAUCACACAGAGAGGCAUUGACAAUCUCCACAAGGAGAUUUCUGAAAAUGACUUCCGUUACCAGGCAGGUGUCACCAAGCUCCAUGUGGACAACCAGCGGCAGGCCGAUAUAAUUGCUCAUCUUCAAGCUGAUAACGGUAUCAAAGAUGACAUGAUUGCCCAGCUUCAGAGUGAUAACGAAAACUUGAAGGCGAAUCUCAAGGAUGUCAACAAGCAGAAGGUUGGAAUGAUCGCGCAAGCUCAAGUCGUCAACAAGCAACAUGCUAAACAGAUUGCUCAGAUCCAGGCCGAUAACGAAAGCAAGGACGACUUGAUUGCGAAUCUCGAGAAAGUCACCAAAGAACAAGCUGAUCAUAUUGAAUACCUUGAGGCUGUUGUCAAGCAAAAGGCUGAUGGCAUUGUUGAACUUACGAAUGGCAAUAAAAGCAAUGUCAAUCAUGAAAAGCCAAUUGAAAUUCACGACUUCCACAAAACAAUGGUGGAGUUAGACGACAACGCCAACCGCAACAAGAUUGCUGAGUUAAAGGCUGAAAUGAAAAAGAAGGAUGAACUCAUUGCUGAACUUAGACAUGGUAUCUUGGAUCAGGAUGUGAACCCCGCCGAUGUUGCCCUGGUGGCAAUUGCUGAGCUCAAGACUACUAAGAAACAACUUGAAGGUGAAAUCAAUGAGCUUAAGUCGGAGCUUGAACUAAUCUUGAACAAUGCCCCAAUGUCUCCGGAAGUCAAGGAUGCCAUCACCGAAAUGCUUGUACUUCUCAAGAAGAAUAAGGCGUUGUGUCGUGGGAUCAAAUCCACCUUGUCGAAUUGCAAGACCAUGAUCAAAGCCAUCACCCAAGUUAAUGACGAUGAAAGGGGUGAACAAGUGUCAACGUUGUACGAUCAACUCAUCCCUGAAGUUGAGCUGCUUCUCAAAUACGUCAAGUUUGGGAACAAGAUAAAGUGGCAAUCAACAUCCAACGACGAGCCAACCGAACCCUCCGCCGAAGGAAAGCGUAAACGCAAGCAAAAGCGGAAGGCGAAAAAACCCACGAGCCACGACGACGGUAACAGCAAUGGCAACAGCAACGGCAACAGCAACGGCAGCCAAAACGAUACCAGCUUCAGUUCGGCACCAGCGAGUAACGACAACAGCAUUGGAGACGAUAAUUCGGAACCGGCGACACCUCAAAAAGAGCAACAGGCUAAAGAACUGAACAAGCGCCCUCAACCUAAGAUCAGUGGUAACAAAGCCGGGCUUCAAAUUGAACAAGCCGCCAACAACAAUGGACCAAGUUUAAAGGCUAACGCCACUUUUGAAGUUGACUGCCACCAAAAUGAAAUGAUUCAGACUCAACUACUUGUCGACGACGCAAAAUCUAAGGAGAAGAAGACUCCUGGUGAUGGUGGCAUUAACGUUACAUUGCCAAGUCUGUUGGUUAAUGAGAACAGCAGUUGCAAUGAAGCCGCCAUUCAUAGAAUCGACAGCUUUUUGGAUACUCGCGAUAUGAGCAUGGAUGACGGCGUGGUGGAUGACGACAAUUUCGCUGAAGAAUCUGUCAUUGGGCAGCAACUGCUUAUUACCACUUUUGAGAAGCUGGAGCCAUCUGAACUGGGUUGUGUAAGCGCAAACUCGGAAAGCGUUAUUGACCAAGAUAAGCAAGUGCCUCUGAGCGACACCAACGUCAACAUCGACAAUAGCAUUCCAAGCACUGACUCCGAAACCACGACGGCUUUGGAUUCAUUGGCAGAAGAUGAGCCCAUGCGGAAGCAAUCCCACAGCUUCAAUAGCCCGAAAGUGGUACCUCACUUAGGACUGAAGAGCAAGUUACCCAUGGAGUCUUUCGCGGUGGAAGUGGGACCAAUGUCACCAGGUUACGGCAAUUGCUCUUGCACGGCUACGGACAUCCAGGCCAGCUGCCCUUCCCACAAGCGUACGCCAUUGAAGUUGACUCAAUUGCUUGAUAAGCUCAGAUUAAACCCCAACAGUAACGUUGGCGACACUACCCUCAAAGGGUACCGAGAUGUAUGA